GUAAGUUUGGCCCUUCCUCACACUAAUUAAAGAGUGAUCCAAAUUUUCAUUUGCAGAAGACAGUCAGAGAUGAACUUCUUUGUAAGUUGCUUGCUGUUCCUUCUCUUUAUCUGGGUCUUGGCUCAAGUUAGUAGUUCAAUUAAAGGUGGAAGCACAACAAAGUCCAGCCAGCUUCCGCCUGGUCCACGACGGAUUCCGAUCUUCGGAAACCUCUUGGAUCUUGGUAACGAACCCCACAAGUCCUUGGCUGACCUCGCCAAAACCCAUGGCCCAAUAAUGAGUCUGAAACUAGGGAACUUAAUCACAGUUGUUGUUUCCUCAGCAGCCAUGGCCAAAGAGGUUCUUCAAAAGAAUGAUCUCAUCCUCUCAAAUCGAAUCACUAUUGAUGCCAUCCGAGCCCUUCAGCACCAUGAAGUCGGGCUGCCUUGGAUACCCGUUUCCCCGCUGUGGAGAAACCUUCGUAAGGUAUGCAACUUACAUAUCUUUGCCAGUCAGAAACUCGAUGCCAAUCAGUCCUUGCGUCGCAAGAAAAUUGAACAACUCCUCUCCUCAGUUCAAGAUAGCUACCGUCUUGGUGAGGCAGUAGAUAUUGGCCAAGAAGCUUUCAAAACUACUGUCAAUUUGUUGUCCAACACAGUAUUCUCUAUAGAUCUGGCUGACUCGCAUUCACAAAGGGCACAACAGUUCAAGAAAACAGUGAGGAGUGUCCUGGAAGAGGCAGGCAAGCCUAACCUCGCUGACUAUUUUCCCCUGCUCAGAAAGAUUGACCCGCAAGGCGUAAGGCGCAGGAUGGCUAUUCAUUUUGAGAUGUUGCUCGAGCUUUUUGGGAAAAUGUAUGACAAGCGAGUGCAGUUGCGAAGAGGCCAAGGUUUUGCCACGACUAGUGAUGUCUUAGACACUCUAAUCGACAUCAUUGAAGACAAAACAGAGGAACUUAACAGAAGACAAACACUCCAUUUGUUUUUGGUUUUAUUUGUGGCCGGGACGGAUACAACUGCAAGCACAUUAGAGUGGGCAAUGGCAGAAUUGCUCCACAACCCAAAUGUUUUACUGAAAGCCCGAGUCGAGUUAGAGGAAGCCAUCGGCAAAGGGAGGCAGGUGGAAGAAUCAGACAUGGUUCGCUUGCCAUACUUGGAAGCUAUCAUCAAAGAAACAUUCCGGAUGCACCCACCAGUUCCUCUGCUGCUCCCACGCAGAGCAGGAGCAGAUGCAGAAAUCUGUGGCUUUACGGUGCCAGAGGGUGCACAAGUGCUGGUCAACGCGUGGGCUAUAGGCAGGGAUCCAAGCAUUUGGGAGAAGCCAAACUGUUUUAUGCCAGAGAGGUUCUUAGGUUCAGAAAUUGAUGUCAAAGGCAGAGACUUUGAGCUCAUUCCGUUUGGGGGAGGGCGACGGAUCUGCCCUGGAUUGCCUCUGGCAUUAAGAAUGUUGCAUUUGAUGUUGGGUUCUCUUAUUAACUGCUUUGAGUGGAAGCUUGAAGAUGGAGUCACACCGGAGAAUAUGAAUAUGGAAGAAAAGUUUGGUCUCACAUUACAGAAAGCCAUACCCUUGCGGGCUAUCCCCAUUCCUGCGUGAUAACCAUAAAAAUUUCUCCAUGAGAAAGCUAUCAGGGAUUGCUUUGUGUUCUGUUCUUUGUUUCACUCUUUUGGAAAAUUCUAAAUAAAAACUUUGACUUAUU